UAAUAAAGGCGAAUAUAAAACAUUUUUAUAAUAAACAUCUUCAAUUCUGUACAUUAGAUUAAUGCAAUCAACUAAUCCUAAUGAACAAGAAAUUGAAAAUAUUAUACAUGGGCCCCCACAGUUACCAUCUUUAUUUAAAGGGCAAAAAGUACAAAGUGGUCCAUAUACUAUUACUGUAACAGAUGAUAUGGUAGCCCAAAGGGAAAGACAAAAUCAAGAAUUAUAUAGAACUUGGCUCCACGAACAAAGAAGAAGAGAAAUGGAAGAUGAAGAUUAUAUGGGAGAUUUUAAAGAUUUGUUAGUGAGAAGGAAUUUUAUUAGAAAAAUUUUUUGCAUAUUGGCCUUGCAACUUAUAUAUACAACAGCUGUCGUAGCAUUUUUUAUGUUUGUACCUGCUGCACGAGAGUUUCUGUUAAUUAAUUGGUAUAUUUGGGUAAUAGCUCUAAUACUCUUUACGGUCACGUACUGCGCUAUAGCAUGUUCUGAGUGUGCAAGACGACAAACACCAAAUAAUUACAUCUGUCUUUGUUUACUGACAUUGGCUAUGUCGUAUCUUGCUGCCUUUGUUUCUGUAUUUUAUGCUAUUGAAGUGGUUCUUAUAACGUUAGGCAUGACCUCAUUUGUAACAAUCACAAUUAGUUUUAUAGCCACAUUCACUAAGUUUGAUCUAACCAUGCGAACAGGAUUGAUAACAAUAAUUGGAUUAGUUGGAAUUGUUGCUCUUUUUGUAAUGGUGAUGUAUUUAUUUUUUGACGUACAAACAAUCAUGGGCGGAAGAAGAAUAGAAAUAAAUCCAGAUGAAGUUGUUUAUGCAAUUACUCAAAUUUAUGUUGAUAUCAUUUUAUUAUAUCAAUACAUCCUUAUGUUGGUAGGUUUGUUCCACGAAGGAUAAAUACAGGAAAUUUAUUGCAUUCUGCAUUUAUAUAUUAUGUGUUAUUCUAUUAAAUAUAAGUAGCGGAUUUUGUCAUACUAUAAAAAUGAAAUUAUUGAGAUAUUUCUAUAUAGUUAAUGUGCAUAUUAUUAAUAAUGUGUGCGUAUAUUAAAAUAUAUGGAUCAAUUAUGAA